GCCUACCAUUCUGCUUGCGACUACCUGCUGAAAUAUGAACAAGUUUCUGAUCUUUGUUGGCGCUGCGUUGUUGCUGGUCGUAGCCAUCUGCUCUUCACCAGCGGAGGCUGUAGCUGAGGCAGCACCGCAGUUCGGACACCAUGGGCCACCACACCAUGGACCACCACACCACGGACCACCACAUCAUGGACCACCGCACCAUGGGCCUCCUCACCAUGGACCACCACACCAUGGACCUCCUCACCACGGCCCUCCUCACCAUCAUGGUUGAGUGACAGACUAAUAGCUGCUGUCGCAGUGUCAUUCACCUGCAUUUCCUCAUUCCGAUUAUCAGAAGUACCUUGCUGGUGGCCACAUAAUUCUUGGCUAGGCAAUACGAUGUAUGUGUACAAAUUGAUUAUUGUUUACAAUAAAUAAUUACAAAUCA